AUGAAUCUAUUGCAGUGCGCCGCCGGCAUAAUCUGCUCGGGCAUCCUGCUCGCCCUCGCGUGCUGCGCGGCCGGCGAGCUCGUGUUUGACGUUGUGGCCCACGGCGCGAGAGGCGACGGCAGGACGGACGACACCAAGGCGUUCGAGGCGGCGUGGAACGCGGCGUGCGGCGCCAAGGGGCCGUCCGCGGUGAUGGUCGUGCCGGCGCAGAGAUCGUUCCUCGUCGGCCCCGUCAGCUUCCAGGGGCCCUGCGCCUCCGGAAGAGUCACCGUGCAGAUCCAGGGCACUAUUAGGGCGCCGCCGUCGACGGCGGCGAGCGCAUGGAGCAUGGGGACAAACCUCUACUGGCUGAUGUUCAAUCGCGUGGACGGGCUGAGGGUGACCGGCAACGGCGUGCUCGACGGUAGUGGGCAGAGUUGGUGGGUCAGGAGAUGCCACAGCGAUGCCUCUGUGGCAGGAGCUUGCGUUGAAUCUGCACCGACGGUAGACAACAUUGCGCGGAUUAGUUCCUCUCUGGAUGAAGCUUUGCAUUCAGGAAUCUGUUCGUCUCUGUGGCAGGCGCUGAAGCUGGUGAGCUGCAACAACCUGGAGCUAAGCCAGUUCAGCAGCCGCAACAGCCCGCAGAUGCACAUCGCCAUCAUCGAGAGCAGCGGCGUCAACGUGUGGGGUCUCAACAUCGCCGCGCCGGGGAACAGCCCCAACACGGACGGCGUCCACGUCGAGCGGAGCCAGGGCGUGCAGAUCACCAAUUCCACCAUUGGCACGGGCGACGACUGCGUCUCCAUAAGCUCCGGGAGCCGCUUCGUCACCGUCGACGGCAUCCAGUGCGGGCCUGGCCACGGAGUAAGCAUUGGGAGUCUCGGCAAGAAUGGCGAAACCGCCGCCGUGGAGUACAUCGACGUGAAGAACGUUUACUUUACAAAUACAAUGAAUGGAGCUAGGAUCAAGACGUGGGAGGGUGCGCAAGGGUACGCAAAAUCCAUCUCAUUCACCGACAUAGAAUUCGACAACGUGGAUCACCCCGUAAUCAUCGACCAAUUCUACCGAGACCGCACUCUCGAGCUGGCCGUGGCGAUCAGCAACGUAACGUACACCAACCUGAAGGGGACCUCAAGCCUGCCAACCGCCGUGGCGUUUGACUGUAGCGGCGGCGGCAGCUGCACAGAUAUCCAUGUCAACUCCGUGAUGAUCACGAGAUCCGGUGGCCAGCAAACAUUCGCCCGCUGCCGAAACGCACGAGUGUCCAUCUCCGGACAAGUAUACCCGGAGAUACCAUGCCACUGA